AUUCAAGCUGACAAUCUUUACUCAACGAUUUUUAUAAAGUUUAAAAGUUUUUAGAAGUUUUUUACAAAAGUAUUUUACAUAUUUAACAUAAAGGUUCCUUGUUUUUAUUUGUACAUUAGAUGAAGCCUUAUAGUUUAAAGUAUGAUAGUUUUUAUAAAUAUUGAGAUCAUUUUGGUAACUAUAUAAAAAAGGCGCUAAAAUACACCUGGAUGUCAUUCUGGUAAAAUCCCAGCCCAUAUAGUUUGUGAUACCGUUGAUCUUUUUAUAAAAAGAACAUAGAAAAUGGCCCCUAUAAAAAGUCACAACAGUAUACUCGGCAAUUUUACAUUAAAGAAUCGUAUAUCUACAAGAAGCUCCGCAAUUGUACAAUGCCCCGUUAAAGAAAUGACAGUUUCCAAUAAGGAUAUGAACAGACCUAAAAGAAAAGCAGAUUGUUCUCCAUCAAAAGAAAAUAAAAUGAACAAACGAACUGCCUUUGGAGAAAGAAAUAUAAAUACAGAGCUGCUAAAGACUAAAACCGUGGAAGUUAAACCUAAGAAGACAAUUUCAGUGAAGAAAGUAACAGCACACAUGAAAAUUUUGCCUUCUAUUAAAACUGUACAUAAACCGAAGCAAAAUGAAAAUUUAUUACCACCUGCGGCUCCAGGCCAAAAGAUAAUAUCAACAAGGCAAUCAAAAACAGUGGUUCCAAACCAGACUGCAGUGAAACCGAAAGAAGUUCUAAAAGAAAACAACGCAAAUAUUAACAAGCCAGGUAAACGGCUCAGCAAUGAAUUCGAGAAGACUGAAGACACUUUAUAUUGUACAGCUUUGGAGGAUGGCGAUUCCAGUAAUGAAAGUACAUACUUCAGUGCAAAAAAACAACAUAACUUGCGAUCUGCGAGAACUUCAGAAUCAGCAGAGACGCAAAAAGGCAAUAAAGAAAACGAAAAAAUGGAAGCCGAAGAAAAAUCAAAUCUCACAGUUGUUGCCGAACAAAUGGAAUUAAAGCUAAAUCUUGGAGACCAUGAGAUACCAGAGAAUGUAGUAAAUUAUGAUAAAGAAAAUUGGAAUGAUAUUUUCCAAGUGUCACAUUAUGCCAUGGACAUUUUCAACUACCUCAAAGAAAGAGAAGUUCUGUUUCCAGUACCUGAUUAUUUAGAUCGCCAAAUAUGUCUCACUCGGUGGAUGCGAUCGCUACUCGUCGAUUGGAUGGUUGAAAUUCAAGAAAGUUUCGAACUCAAUCAUGAAACUCUUUACUUAGGAGUUAAACUAGUUGAUCUAUAUCUCAGUAAAAUGACAGUAGGAAAGGAAACCUUACAAUUAGUCGGUGCCGCUGCUAUGUUGAUAGCUAGUAAAUAUGACGAACGGAUUCCACCUAUGCUUGACGAUUUCUUGUAUAUUUGCGAUGGCGCCUAUACCAAGAGGGAACUUAUUAGGAUGGAGAUCAAUUUGUUUAAAGUAAUCGGAUUCGACUUAGGAAUACCCAUUAGUUACAGAUUUUUGAGAAGAUAUGCCAGGUGUGCGAAAAUAACGAUGCCUGUUCUGACACUAGCUAGAUUUAUUCUAGAGUACUCAUUAAUGAAUUACGAGACAGUAGGUAUUAGAGAUUCCAAAUUGGCGUCGGCUGCUCUUUAUAUAGCACUUAGAAUGCAACGUAUCAGCCACUGGACUCCAACAUUGGAAUUUUAUACAGGUUAUAAAUUAGAAGAAUUCAAAGACGUUGUUAUCAUCUUAAAUACGGGUAUUAAUCAGCCUCCCAAAUCACAAUUAAUGACAGUAAGAAACAAAUAUUCUCAUAAAAUAUUCUUCGAAGUAGCGAAGGUACCACUUCUAGGAAACAAUGAGCUGUUCUGAUAUUUUGAAAAUUUUCAUGUUAACCGACGUUAUACAAUAUUUUAUUUUUGUAUGUAAUUUUAGCUUCUAUUUCUAUUGAUUGUCUAUAAAUAACAGGAUUUUAGCUAUGUUAUUUUACAUAAAAAAAGUUUUAGCAAUGUCUUAUAAUAUUUUAUUUGUGUUGAUUAUAUAAUUUAAUGUCUUGUAUAAAGCGUAUAAAAAAG